UGAACAUUAUGCACAGCUCGUCGAUGUACAACAGUACAAGUAAUAAGCCCCGAUAUGAACUCGGAAUUAUCCAUGUCUUCUUAACCCCUGAAACAAACAGUGAAUCAGAAGAUAAAAUUGAGAUCUUUGGAUAUAAUCGCCCACUUUUCUUACCCAACAAAGGAGAAAUAGUUGAGAAGUUGGCAUCAAAACCCAAUUCAGCUCAGUUCAUUAAGCACUUUCUGUUGUUGUUUUGGGGCGGGAACAUAGAUGCUCCCUGUGUACAAAAAUUGCAUAGUUCAACCAUUAAAUUGAAAAGAUGGUGAAAUUGGGAAGUGAGAAAUCAAUUACAUUCUUUUGGUUUUUAAUUUUUGUUAUUGCAGUAAUACUCGGAUUAUUUGCAGUUGAAGCUCUCCCUCAUCAAAAUCAGGGUUUGAUGGAGAAUGCUGAAUCUAGAGAUUUAGAAAAAGAACAUAAACAAACCCAUGAGAUUCAUUGCUCAAGGGAAAGAAGUAGGGCAGCUUGGGAAAUCAUCGAAAAGUAUAUAAUGCAUUUUGUGGAGCGGGAAAGAUACGAAAUCCCGAGGACAUGUAGGCUUCAUCCAGAAAAUGAUCUCUUUAGAGAUCAGGAGGAGCACAAGAUUAAAGGGGAUGUGAAUGAAUGGCAAUGUGGAUAUUGUAAGAAAAGCUUCUUAUCAGAAGAAUUUCUUGAUCGGCAUUUUGACAGAAGACAUUACAAUCUUCUCAAUUUUACUGGAAGCAAGUGCUUGGCAGAUUUGUGUGGUGCAUUGCAUUGUGAUCAUGUUCUGAAUUCAAAAUCAACUAGAAUCAAGUGCAACCCUGCAGCUGCUGCAAGAAAUCGCCACUUGUGUGAGAGUCUAGCUGAUACAUGCUUUCCUGUGAGCCAUGGACCAUCUGCAAGCCGUCUUCACGAGUUAUUUUUGCAACAAUUCUGUUAUGCUCACACGUGCUCAGGAGGGAAAAAACCAUUCUCAAAAGGAGGAAGGAAGCAGACAAGUGCGUUGUACAUUGCCGCCUCAAUAUUGACAUUAAUGUUACUUCCCCUUUUCUAUGUUUUGGUGUGUUUGCACCAGAGUGAAAUACGAAAGGAUACCCAGCAGCUCAAGCGAAUUUCAAGAUUGGGCCGCAAAGCAAAACCUAUGUGACCAGUAGAAAAGGAAAAUUGCAAAAGCAAACUAUUUCAUAUUCCACCUAAUGGUUCAUGCUCUUGGAAUAUGAAGCUGUACGACUUCAUAUUUGUUGUAUCUCUCCCUUGAGAAACUGAUUUUGUUAUAGGGUGACUGGUAACUUGUGGAUUAAAAAGGAUUGAGGGUCUCCUAAAAACUUUUUGAAGAUGCACAGAAAGCUCACGUUUUGAGGAACUCAAUGAAGCAGAUCAGCUUAUUGCUUGGCGUCGUUCAUGUCACUUAGCAAGUCCCAACAAUCACUAACCAAAAAGGUUUCAUCGAACAUCAGUACUAGCAUUUUCUUUUUAAUGUAGGCCGUUUCAGAAUUCAUGUUCCAAAUUCAAUUUAUCAGUGACCAACGAGUCGUAUUUAAUGAUUGGAUUGGACUGCAGAUUGUCAGUGCAGUCAUAUACGUGUUUAUUUUUCGCUGGAUGGUGCAGUAUUGAAUUAGAGGUUAAAAGGUUUGUUAUACAUAUUAUUUUGAAUGAAUUGAGACUAAUAGUUGAUGUA